AUGAAGCAAGCAAUGCUCGUAGCCGCAGUUUGCGAGUUCAGUGGCAGUGUAUCAGUCGGGUCUCGAGUAGCAGAUACCAUCCGAACAAAGAUCGUCGACCCUCAUCACUACGACAGUUCACCUGGCGUUCUACUUCUAGUCAUGAUGUGCACUAUCAUGUCAUCCUCGCUCUUCCUGACAUUUGCGACUCGACAAGGAUUACCCGUUUCGACAACACAUUCACUUAUCGGAGGACUCGUUGGAGCAGCUACGGCCUCGAUAGGCAUCACGAAGAUCAAUUGGGGAUGGCAUGGCGUGUCGCAGAUCUUUGCGGCGUGGAUCAUUGCGCCGUUGAUCGCGGGCUGUAUGGGGUUCGUGCUGUUCAUGUUUACCAAGAAGUUCAUCUUGACGAAACAGACAGCUGUUAGGAGGGCAUUCUACUCCAUUCCGUUCUAUACCUACCUGACAGUAGGUGCACUCACGAUGCUUCUCGUCUGGAAAGGGAUUCAUACUAUCAACUUGUCUACUCAAGAUAUCUUCAUCUCAGUCUUUGCUACAGCUACCGGAAUGACUCUCCUCCAGAUCUUCUUUCUUCUCCCCUUUCUAUGGACGAGAAUCAUGCACGAGGAUUGGACUCUCAAAUGGUAUCAUGUCUUUCAAGGACCACUUCUCCUCUGGCGAUCACCACCUCCGCCGACUCCAGCUGGAUUCACCAAGCCUCGCAUCAGAGACUACUACCAGGGACAUCUCACGCAGGAGGAACUCAACCAUUUACGUACCUCGGAGACUCUUCUUCAAUCGAUUCAGACGCCGGACGGCCAGUUACCCGACCUGGAUCGCGACGAUGAAUGGAUUCUCCCACCGCCAGCUCAAACACCCCCCAAAACACCCCCAGACCGCUUUGAACCUCGUGCUUCAUCAGAAUUCAUACCUCCCCGACCCGACGGCUCAUGGAACAGUCCUAAAGUAAUGGCAUGGAAAGUGAACCGGGUACUACUCCGCGGACUGGAGAAGGACGUCGUGGCCAUGCAGAAGCGGAACAACAUUCUCAACUGGGACUUGGAAGACAUGCACGCUCGAUCAGCGCACUACGACAACCGUGCAGAGUACAUGUAUUCCGCUCUACAGAUCCUCACCGCCGCAACAGCGUCUUUCGUCCACGGGGCAAACGACGUCAGCAACGCAGUCGCCCCGUUCACAACAGCAUACCAAGUGUGGUCCAGCGGAGAAAUCCCCGAAUUCGUCGCCAUACCGAUCUGGAUCCUCGUCGUAGGCGGCGCAUGCAUCGUGGUAGGGCUAUUGACCUACGGCUACCACGUCAUGCGGACGCUAGGCAAUCGUUUGACACUCAUCUCGCCAAGUCGUGGUUUCUGCAUGGAGCUUGCGAGUGCCAUCACUGUGCUCAUGGCGACGAGGCUGUCUUUACCCGUGUCUACUACGCAGUGCAUCACGGGAGCUACGGUGGGUGUUGGGCUGGCGAAUGGGGAUUGGAGAUGCAUUAAUCCGAAGCUUGUGCUUUGGAUUUACAUGGGUUGGUUGAUUACAUUGCCUGUGACGGGAGUCAUGUCGGGCUGUUUGAUGGCGCUGAUCAUCAAUGCGCCGAGGUGGGACGGGUGA